AGGGGGAGCGGGACGGGAAACAAAGUCCCGGAAAAGGGGAGGGAGCAGAGCCUGAUGCCGCGAGCGCUGGCGAGCCGCUUUGGACGUGGUGUUCUGAGCGCCAGAGGCAGCCCUGGAGGCGCCGUCCCGCAACGUCUCCGGUGCACCUGGCAGAGCCCAGUGGAAAGGCUCAGCGGCGGCCACGCGAGGCGGUGCAGCCGGAGGAAAGUGGGGGGCCCUGCACAGAACUGAGGAGUCCAGCCGAGAGGGCGAGCUGGGUGUGCGCUGCGGGGCAGCUGCGCGAGGCCGGGACCCGGCCGGGCCCACUGGGCAUCGGUACGCGGAGAGGCCUAGGCCCGGGGUCUGACACUCGGGAGGCCGGUGCUCCGCAGCCCGGGGUCGGGGAGAAAGCUCGGGAAGGCCGAAUAGGGAGGGCUGCUGCUAGGGGGGGCUGCGGCCCGCCUCCCAGCGGGGGCGGCGGGUGGGGACCUGGCCCCGGCCCCGGGCGGAGGCGGGGCCCAGGCCACACUGCGCAGACUCGAGCUAGCCGUUUCCAUGGCGACGAGGCCCAAGCUCCUCAACUGCUUCACAACUGUCAGUCCCAGACUUGGUCCCCACCAGACCCCGAUCCUGUGGGUAACCGCACCUCAGCGCCGGCUGAACCCCGCCUUUUCCGGCCCCGACAUGAGCGGCCUGGAGCUGCUGCUGCCGGGGGAGGCUGAUAUCUUGGUGCGGGGACUUCGCAGCUUCCCGCUGCUCGAGAUGGGCUCCGCAAGGUGGAACCAGCAGCAUGAACACCUGGAGAAGCUGAACAUGCAGGCCAUCCUUGAUGCCACGGCCAGCCAGGGUGAGCCCAUCCAGGAGCUGCUGGUCACCCAUGGGAAGAUCCCGACGCUGGUGGGGGAGCUGAUUGCCGUGGAGAUGUGGAAGCAGAAGGUGUUCCCUGUGCUGUGCAAACUGGAGGACUUCAAGCCCCAGAACACCUUCCCCAUCUACAUGGUGCUGCACCAUGAGGCUUCCAUCAUCAAUCUCCUGGAGACCGUGUUCUUCCACAAGGAGGUGUGUGAGUCAGCAGAGGACACCGUCUUGGACCUGGUGGACUACUGCCACCGCAAACUGACUCUGUUGGUGGCCCAGAGCGGCCGCGGUGAGCCCCCGGAGGAGGAGGCUGAGGACGUCUCUCCCAUGAAGGAGCUGCAGAUGCAGGCCGAGCUGAUGGAAUUUGAGAUCGCACUGAAGGCACUCUCUGUGCUCCGCUACGUCACUGACUGUGUGGACAGCCUGUCCCUGAGCACCCUGAGCCGCAUGCUAAGCACCCACAACCUGCCCUGCCUCCUGGUGGAACUGCUGGAGCACAGUCCCUGGAGCCGGAGGGAAGGAGGCAAGCUGCAGCAAUUUGAGGGGGGCCGUUGGCAGACAGUGGCCCCCUCAGAGCAGCAAAAGAUGAGCAAGUUGGACGGGCAGGUGUGGAUCGCCCUGUACAACCUGCUGCUGAGCCCUGAGGCCCGGGCCCGCUACUGCCUCACAAGCUUCGCCAAAGGACAGCUGCUGAAGCUUCGGGCCUUCCUCACAGACACUCUGAUCGACCAGCUGCCCCACCUGGGGGACCUGCAGGGCUUCCUGGCCCACCUGGCCCUGGCCGAGCCCCAGCCCCCCAAGAAGGACCUGGUGUUCGAGCAGAUCCCCGAAAUCUGGGAGCGGCUGGAGCGAGAGAACAAAGGCAAGUGGAGGGCCAUAGCCAAGCACCAGCUGCAGCACGUGUUCAGCCCCUCGGAGCAGGACCUCCGGCUGCAGGCGCAGAGGUGGGCUGAGACCUACAGGCUGGAUGUGCUGGAGGCGGUGGCUCCGGAGCGGCCCCGCUGUGCCUACUGCAGCGCAGAGGCUUCCAAACGCUGCUCGCGCUGCCAGAACGAGUGGUAUUGUUGCAGGGAGUGCCAAGUCAAGCACUGGGAGAAGCACCGAAAGGCGUGCGUCCCGGUCGCCCAGGGUGGCAGAGGGAAGUGAAGCGCAGCUGCUGAGCGCCCCCCAGGGCCACGCAAC